GCCAAUUGUAUAAACGAUGGUUUAAAUUAACUGUGGUAAUCUGAUUACCGCAGUUAUUUACAUGGUUAGGUUACCACCGUUUAUUUUCAUUUGUAUAAACGAUGGUUACUGCGCGGUUACAUAACCACUGAAAUUUGUAAACAUACCGCAGUAAAAUUACCAACAAUGCAAUACUAAACAUGACGUCAUUUUCGCGCAAAUAGUCAAUUUUACAGACGACGUUUUGAAAAAAUGGACUCUGCAAAACGGGCUAAAGCUUUUAGCGAAAGAGAAAUUGAUGUUAUAACGGAUUUCAUGAAAACAAACAUUCAUAAGCUUAGAGCGAACCAUGGCUCGGGCGGUCCGGGCAUGGUUGCUCGAGUAAGAGAUAUUUGGGUUGAACUAUUAGCGGGGGUAAAUGCUUGCGGCAACGGCCCCAGGACUCUCCAACAAGUGAAAGAAAAGUGGAGAAAUAUGACAAAAAAUGCGAAAUCCGAGGUUUCUAGAGAGCGAAACCAUGCUGCCGCUACGGGGGGAGGACCGCCACUGCCCGAGAUGUCACAAACCUCGCAGGCGGUGGCGAGUCUAUUCGCCACCUCGGCCUCGUUUCACGGCAUAGUGGAGGACGCAGAUACCGUCAUCGCGGUAACUCCUCCAUCGCCGAAUUUCCUGGGGCUGCCCAUGAUGGAUUUUCUUACCGACAUGGACAUCCCAGAUCCCUUCGGUGUGGCGGAAACCGGUGAAGACAAUAAGUCGAAAACCAAGGAAAAAACUACCGCAACAUCUGUUCCAUCAGCCUCAACAGCCAGUGACAGAAGCAGAAAGAGGACUCUCAAAGAUGCCCAACUAGAGGCCCUGGAAAGCCAAUCAGAGAUGAGCAGGGCGGGGGCAGAAUGUUUUAGGAAAGUGGCCCGUCUUGCAGACUUUCUCAUUGCUAAAUUAGAAAAAAAAUAAAAAAUUAUUCUUGUUAAUGUUAUUUUACUGUUGAAUCUGUUUCUUUCGUUCACUGAUUUGUUAAUAACAACAACCGUUAAUACAAUAUUAUUUAUUUUACUGAAUAUGUUAAUGUAUUUUCACAAUGUUAAUUGCAAUAAAUAUUUCA